AUGGCUAGUGUACUUGUGGUUGGUGGUGGAGGUCGAGAACAUGCAAUUGCCUGGAAACUAACACUUUCUUCAAAAGUGAAUAAAAUUUAUAUUACACCAAACAAUAUUGGAGCUGCAUCAUUGCCUCAAAUUGAAUUUGUAGAUUUGGAUGUCAACAAUUUUGAAUUAUUAGCGAAAUGGUGUGUGGAGAAAUCUAUCGAGUUAAUCAUUGUGGGUCCUGAAGAUCCUCUUGCAUCAGGAAUUGCUGAUGUAUUAGCUACUUACAACCUGAAUUGUUUUGGACCAUCUGCUAAAGCAGCCCGUAUUGAAAGUGACAAAGAAUGGUCAAAAAAAUUUAUGGAUGAAUUUAAUAUUCCUACAGCCAAAUGGAGAUCAUUUAAUGAUGUUAAACAAGCAACGGAUUUUGUUUAUUCUGCUGAUUAUCCUGCAUUGGUAGUAAAAGCAAGUGGUCUUGCUGCGGGCAAAGGAGUAGUAGUUGCUUCUAAUAAACAGGAAGCAUGCUUGGCUUUAGAUACAAUCUUAACAGAAAAUCGGUUUGGUAAAGCUGGUCAGACUGUUGUAGUUGAAGAAUUGUUACAAGGAGAAGAAGUUUCAGUUUUAUGUUUUUCUGAUGGUGUUAAUAUAAAUGUCAUGCUACCAAGUCAAGAUUAUAAAAGGGCAUAUAAUCAAGACAAGGGUCCAAAUACUGGAGGUAUGGGAGCAUUUUGUCCUUGUUACAAUAUGCCUCAAAAUGAGUUAGAUGAAGCUAAAAAUAUUUUACAAAGAGCAGUUGAUGGUCUUCGUAAUCGUGGGACUCCUUUUGUUGGCGUUCUUUAUGCUGGAUUAAUGGUAACCAAUGACGGCAUUAGAGUUUUAGAGUUCAAUUGCCGUUUUGGUGAUCCUGAAACCCAAACAAUAUUGCCACUAUUAGAAUCUGACCUUUUUGAUAUUAUGAAAGCAUGUUGUGAUGGUACUUUGGAUAAAGUUGAAGUUGAAUGGAAAACUGAUCAAUUCUGUGUUGGUGUUGUCAUGGCUAGUAGAGGAUAUCCGUUAACAUCCAGUAAAGGGGAUGUAAUAUCUGGUUUACCUAGUGUAACAAAAGGCAUGGUGUUUCAUAUGGGUACUAAGUUAAACAACUAUGGGGAAUUGGAAACAAACGGAGGCCGUGUAUUAAUUGUGGUAACUACUCAUCAAGACUUAGUUUUAGCUGCUGCUAGAGCCACUAUUGCUUGUGGUAGAAUAAUGUUUAAUGGUGCUCAAUUCAGAACUGAUAUUGCUCAUAGAGGAAUUGCUAGAGCAAUUCUUGCUAAGGGUGCUACAACCUACAAGUCUAGCGGUGUUGACAUAACUGCUGGAAAUAAUUUAAUUCCAAUUUAUAAACAAAUGGUAUCUGUUACAAAACGUCAAGGAGUACUUGGAGAUUUAGGUUCAUUUGGUGCCAUGUUUGAUCUCAAAGCAGCUGCAUUCCAGGACCCAAUACUUGUAUCCAGUUCAGAUGGAGUUGGUACCAAAUUGAAGGUUGCUCUAACAUGUAAUAGUCAUGAAUCAAUUGGACAAGAUCUUGUUGCAAUGUGUGUUAAUGAUAUAUUAGUUCAUGGUGCUGAACCUUUAUUUUUCCUUGAUUAUUAUGCAACUGGUCGAUUGGAAGGAGGAGCUGUUGUUCAAGUUGUUAAAGGCAUUGUAGAUGGUUGCCAUCAAUCUGGAUGUGCUCUUAUAGGUGGAGAAACAGCAGAAAUGCCAGGCCUUUAUCAAAAUAAUGAUUACGAUGUAGCAGGUUUUGCUGUAGGAGCAGUAGAGCGAAAUAAGAUUUUACCUCAUAUUGAAGAUAUUGUUUCUGGGGACGUUGUCAUUGGUUUAGAAUCUAGUGGUGUUCAUGCUAAUGGAUUUAGUUUGAUUCGUAAAAUAAUGGAUAUGGGUUGUCAUAAAUUUACAGAUGAAGCCCCUUUUAGCUUGGACAAGAAGACCUAUGGUGAAGAACUAUUGACUCCUACAGUAAUUUAUGUUGAGCGUGUAUUACCUUCAAUAAGAAAUAAUAAUAUAAAAGCAUUGGCUCACAUUACUGGAGGUGGUUUAAUAGAGAAUAUUCCACGUAUUUUACCAAAAAAUAAAAAAGUUAUUUUAGAUGCUACAAAAUGGAGUAUACAGCCUGUAUAUGGUUGGAUAGCUGCAACAGGUAGCAUCAAUGAAACAGAAAUGUUAAGAACAUUGAAUUGUGGUUUAGGUAUGGUAUUAAUAGUUGAUAAGAAACAUGUUGAAGAUGUUCUGUGUGCUACUAAUGGUAAAGUUGUUGGCAUAGUCGAGGAAAAAAUGUCUGACGAACAAUCAGUUGAAGUGAAAAAAUUUGCAAAUGCCAUGGAACCUUUGAUGCGUCCUCAUAUUCAGACCUAUGUGGCAUCUAGGAUGCGUCCAAAAAUGCGUGUGGCUGUUCUUAUAUCGGGAACUGGAACUAAUCUACAGUCGUUGAUUGAUGCUACUACUGAUGAUCCAUCUAUGAUGUCCGAAAUUGUUUUAGUAAUAUCCAAUAGACCAGAAGUUGAAGGUCUCAAUCGUGCCAGGCGUGCUGGUAUAUUGGCUUUGGAAAUAGAUCAUACUAAGUUUAAAACACGUGAACUAUUUGAAGAUGAAAUGUUGAAGGCUUUAGAUCAAACACAAGUAGAUGUUGUUUGCUUAGCUGGUUUUAUGCGUGUGUUAACAAAUAACUUUGUGAACAAAUGGAGAGGUCGUCUAUUAAAUAUACACCCUUCACUUUUACCUUUAUUCAAAGGUCUUUAUCCUCAAAGGCAAGCCCUUGAAUCCGGUGUACGAGUUGCUGGAUGUACAGUCCAUUUUGUAGAAUUAGAAAUUGAUGCUGGAGCCAUCAUAGUACAAGAAAGUGUGAACAUGAGUUUGGACGAAACAGAAGAAAGUCUUAUCGAAAAAAUUAAGAAGGUGGAACACAUUGCUUAUCCAAAGGCUCUAAAACUGUUUGCUACUAAUCAAGUUUAUUUGGAUAAAGAUAUUGGUAAAGUAAAAUGGUUAUCAAAUUCAAGCGAUGUAUUUAGAAAUAUUGUUUAA